GAAGGACAAACAGCGGUCCGGACUAGUUCAGAGUCAGACUGAAGCAGCGAUGGAGCUGAAACUGGCCCCGUUAACGCGCCGUGGAGAGGAAAACAUCUGAUGUGGAUCCUCCGGGAAUUACGCUCCGUGCUGACGUUUACAGCAGAAACUGAAUAAAAACAAGUCUGGACUUUCUGUUUUUCCUGCAGAGACACAAACUGUUUCCUCUCAGCUUCCUCCGACACAAAGUUUGGAAACUCUUCAAGUGGCGUUGAAAAAGUUUUGGUAACUCUUUGGAGAAGUUUUGGGAAGAGCUGCGUUGGAGUUUUUUUUUUUUGUUUUGUUGAGAGAUGUCGGAGCCGGAGAAGAGCGAAAACAUUCCUGAUGAGUCUGCAGGAAAAGGAAAGGAAAUUCCUAACGGAGGGAAUCCUGCAAAAACCAAAGAGGAUUUUGACCUGGCUGCAAUCUACGUGUCCGAUGCUCAGUACAACAGAAACAUAUUCUUUGACACGUCACCGCAGGCCGUGAGACUGUAUCUGCUUUACAACCACUGGUUCCUGAAGGUCCUCCUCUACUUCUUCAUCCUGGUCGAUCUGUCUCUGGCCGUCUUCGAGGAGCCGGCCGUCUUCCCUCUGCCAAUAUGGGCCACCAUGCUGGUGGAGCUGCUGUGUCUCCUGGUCUUCACCAUUCGACUGGUUCACUACGCCAAGGUGAUCCCUCGAGACAAGUUCUGGAAAGACCCCAAAAACAUCUGCAUCAUCGUCAUCCUCAUGCUCACUCUGGCCGACAUGAUCAUCUACGGAGCGCUCAAAGCCACAAACUACUACGCCCUCCGCUGGUCCAGAGUCCUGCGCCCGCUCCUAUUGGUCAACGUCACGGAGGGACGGCAGCUCCGCAGAGCGUUCAGGAGCAUCCGGAACGCUCUGCCUCAGAUCUUCUACGUCUUCCUGCUCUUCAUGUUCAGCGUCCUCAUCUUCUCCCUCAUGGCGCUGAAGCUGCUCGGCAAACGAGGCCUGAAGACCAUAGACGGAGCUCCGUACUUCACCAACUACCUGGAGAUCGUGUUCGACCUGUACGUCCUCGUCACCACGGCCAACAGCCCCGACGUCAUGAUGCCGGCGUACAACGCCAGCUUCCUGUUCGCCAUCUUCUUCAUCAUGUACAUCCUCAUCAACACCUACAUCUUCAUGUCCGUCUUCUUGGCCGUCGUCUACAACAACUACAAGAAAUACCUGAAGGAGGAGGUACGGCAGCUGGUCAGGGCCAAAAGGCACAAGAUGGUGCGAGCGUUCGCCGUCCUGCAGGAGCAGAGGGAGGAGGGGGGGGGGCCGGUGGUGACCCAGGCCAACUGGAACCAGGUGGUCCGGCUGGUCCAGCCCGACAUCAGCAACGCCCACAGAGAGCUGCUGUGGAGCGUCUGUGACGACAAUAACCAGGGGUCCAUCGGUAAAGUGGCGUUCGUGCAGCUGGCCGACCUCCUGAACAUCGAGGUGAUCACACUCAAGUCCAGACCACACCCAUUUCACAGUGUAUGCCCCGCCUUCUACCUGUCGGCCCCGAGCCGCCUGCUCUGCCGGAUGGUCCAGCACCGGGCCUUUGUGAUCGUGUAUGACAUCAUCAUCCUGGUGAACGCCAUCUUCAUCGGUCUGGACGAGGAGAAUCCGAUGAUCGCGAACUCGGAGUGGGUGUUCCUGGCGCUCUACCUGCUGGAGAUCCUGCUGAAGCUCUACGUGUUCGAGCCGCGGGCGUUCUUCUCCAGACACAGCUUCUGGAACUGGUUCGACACCAUCAUCGUUAUCUCUGCUCUCAUCGCCACGAUCGUCAACUCUGCCAUGAAAUCAUCGGGCGGUUACACCAGCCGCCAGAUCCUGGACAUCGUCUUCAUCCUGCGAGUCCUCAGACUGAUCCGGGUGGUGGACAGCAUCAAAAGGUUUCGUACAAUCAUCAACACCCUGAUCAGAAUCGGACCAGCCAUCCUCACGUUCGGGCAGCUCAUCAUCGUGGUGUACUACGUCUUUGCCAUGGUGGGGAUGGAGCUGUUCAAAGGGAAGGUGAAGUUUUAUGAGAAGGACUCUGGUAACCCGGCGGGGGCGUACUGUGGGAACCCUCUGCUGCAGGGAACGGACUUCGCUAAACUCAACUACUGCAAGAACAACUUCAACAAUGUGGUGUCCUCAUUCAUCCUGCUGGUGGAGCUCACCGUGGUCAACCAGUGGCACGUGCUCAGCAGCGGCUUCGCCGCCGUCACCCACGUGUCCGCCAGGAUCUUCUUCAUCCUCUUCCACAUCUUGGUCGUCAUCGUCAUCAUCAAUAUCUUCGUGGCGUUCGUCCUCGAGGCGUUCUUCGUGGAGUACUCGGUGGAUAAGAGCGACCUGCAGACGUCUCUGGAGAAGAAGAUUGAGGAACUGGAGCUGGCUGUGGAGCAGGAGAAGAUGCAGGAUAACCUGGUGAAUGCUAUGGAAACCAUUGACAACGACCUGGGAACCGGCCAAUCACCAGCAGCAAACAAACCCAGCCUGAUGUUUAAAAUCGCUUCGAAAAGAUAUCGGACGGUGGACGCCUUGUUGCAGCGGAUGUUUGAGGCCGAUCUCGACCCUGAAGACUUCGCUGAGAGCGACGACCCUGAAGCUCAGACCAACGGGAACUUUGCGAACCCGACGUUCAGCUCCGUAUAGACACUUAUGUACAAAUAUAUAUGAAGGGAAGCUGAUUCUAUCAUUUAUACACAGUUUUACACGCAGUAUCAUCUCCUAGUGCCAGAUAUGUGUCGGUCUAAUGUCUGUUCAGUGCAAUGUGUCGAUCAGGUCGUAAUCUGAGUCAUGUCCAGUGUUAUAUUUUUAUAUUUCUGUCCUGUAGCUCUCUGUAGAGACACAAAUGAAAUUAGUAUUUUUCACAUAAAGAGUAUUUACACUGAUGUUUAAUCUGUG